UUUAAGAGCCUCGAGUGCGCGCAAAGCCCUCCUCCCCCCGCGCGCCCCCGCCUCCUCGCCUCUCCUUUUCCCUCGCUCUCUCUCCCUUCCGCUCCCGCUCCCUCUCGGCUUUAAAGUCUCAGCCAGGAUCCAGGCUCACAUGUUACUUCCUGUAUGGAAGAAUGGAAAGGUUCCAGCAGCUCCUGCCUGACUCUGCCUCGCCAGCUUUCGCCGGAGCCCCAACUUCCAGCAGCGGGAUGGAUUGAAAGCAGCGCCGGGCAGCCCGACUCUUCGCCGCCGCGGCUCCCCCUCUUACUCCGAGCUCCCCAUCAGUUGGGAAGGGGAGGAAAUUCUCCCGCCGCCGCGCUCUGACUGCUGUUUGCAGGAAUGCCUUUUUCCGUUUGGCCUUCCGAAAGGCUGCCCGCAUGAGGAGUCCGAGCCUGGCCGAGGCGCUCUUCCUCCAGCGAUCCCCGUCGCCGCCGGGCUCUUUGCGGGCUGGAGCGAAGUUGUGAGCUCCGGGCGCCCGAGUCCCGCAGCGUUUCGCUUCCGAGGCCUUGAGCGGUGCCUCUGCUCAACUCUGGGACUUUGCGCCCCGGCAGAAAUCCAGCGUGCCGCCGGGGGAGCGAGGCAGAGCGCGGGCCGCUGCAUUAUUGCGCUCAAUAGUGCGCGAAGGAAACGGCGCGGGGUGUGUGCAAAGAACACCAAUAAUUGAUCUCCUUUUGUUUCCAGCUGAGGGGUAGGGAAGUGUACAAGUUUUGUCGUCCUCCACAAGUUUUGUGGGGGGGGUUGUUUGGAGGGGGAAUGUGUGCGCGUAUGUGGAAUCCUCGCCUUUUUUGUUUUUAAAUCCGUUUCAAGAGAGCCCCCCUCUUGCCUUUUUUCGAUGUGCGGUUUUGGACAUGCGGAGGCUACUACAACCGUGUUGCUGGAUCUUUUUCUUGAAAAUCACCAUCUCCGUGGUCCAUUACGUGGUGUGUUUCCCCGCUUUGACUGAAGGUUAUGAUGGCCCCCUGCAUGAAAGUCAGCACGGCAGUUCGGUGCAGAUCCGGAGGCGGAAGGCAUCUGGAGAUCUUUACUGGGCAUAUUCAGGUGCAUAUGGUCCUGAGCAUUGGGUUACUUCAAAUGCGGAUUGUGGGAGAACUCACCAGUCUCCAAUCGAUAUCAUAGAUCAUCAGGCACAUGUUGGAGAAGAAUAUCAGGAAAUACGUCUGGUUGGUUUUGAUAAUGAAUCUUCUAACAAGACUUGGAUGAAAAAUACUGGGAAAACUGUUGCCAUCCUUCUAAAGGAUGAUUAUUUCAUCAGCGGUGCUGGACUACCAGGAAGAUUCAAAGCAGAAAAAGUUGAAUUUCACUGGGGCCAGAGUAAUGGAUCUGCUGGCUCAGAGCAUAGCAUCAAUGGGAGGAGGUUCCCAGUUGAGAUGCAGAUUUAUUUCUACAACCCAGAUGACUUUGACAGCUUUGGGACAGCGAUCCAAGAAAAAAGGAUCAUAGGAACCAUGGCUGUGUUUUUCCAAGUCAGUCAGAGGGACAAUCCAGCACUGGAACCUAUUAUCCAUGGGCUGAAGGGGGUCGUACAUCAUGAGAAAGAGACCUUCUUGGAUCCUUUUGUGUUGAGGGAUCUCCUGCCAGCAUCUUUGGGAAGUUACUAUCGGUAUGCAGGGUCACUGACUACUCCUCCAUGUAGCGAAAUUGUGGAAUGGAUUGUUUUUCGAAUGCCUGUCCCCAUCUCUUAUCGGCAGCUGGAAGCCUUCUAUUCCAUAUUUACCACGGAGCAGCAAGACCAUGUCAAAUCCGUGGAAUACCUACGGAAUAACUUCCGGCCACAACAGAGCCUGAACAACAGGAUCAUUUCCAAGUCUGCUGUGAAGGAUGCUUGGAACCAACUUUCAACCAGCAUGUUCGAAAAUCCACUGGGCACUGAAGCUUCCAAAGUCUGCAGUACUCCUCCGGUCAAUAUGAAAGUGAAACUUGUUAACAGAACAGCCUUGCUGGUGACCUGGAACCAACCAGAGAUUAUCUAUCAUCCACCCAUUAUGAACUAUAUGAUUUCCUACAGCUGGACUAAAAACGAAGAUGAAAAGGAGAAGACGUUCACGAAGGACAGUGACAAGGACUUGAAAGCCAUCAUUAGCCAUGUCUCACCUGACAUCCUUUAUCUGUUCAGAGUUCAAGCAGUUUGCCGAAAUGACAUGCGCAGUGAUUUUAGCCAGACAAUGCUCUUUCAAGAUAACACAACUCGAAUUUUUGAGGGGACCAGAAUAGUAAAAACAGGAGUGAAUAAUGGGCAGAAUGGAGUGGUUGGAAAGAAAAAGAAAACAAAAGGAAAAAAGAGCCGAGGUAGCAUGUCAGGUACCUCUACUGAUGCUCUUUCUGCUGUGUUUUCUUCUCUUGUUCCCCCUGGUGAUUUCUUCAAGCCGACAGCUUCUCCAGCACCUUCAGCCGACAUGGCUCCCAUCAGUUCUGGGUCUUCUACUUGGACUUCCUCAGGCCUCCCCUUUUCUUUUGUGUCCAUGGCAACAGGGAUGGGGCCUUCCUCUAGUGGGAGCCAGGCCACGGUGGCUUCAGUAGUCACCAGUACCUUACUGGCCGGCCUUGGAUUUAGUAGCAGUGGCAUUUCUUCUUUUCCUAGUACUGUGUGGCCAACUCGGCUCCCAACCUCUGCCUCUACUAAUAAACAGUCGGUCAGGCCAGUGGUGGCUACCACUGAGGCAUUGUCUUCUCCGGGGCCAGACAAUGAUUCUGCUCUCACAAAAGACAAUGAAGGAGCAGAGGAUGGAGAGAAAGACGAAAAAAGUGAAAGUGAGGAUGGCGAAAGAGAGCAUGAAGAAGAGAGAGAAAAGGAUUCAGAAAAAAAAGAAAAAAAUGAUGUGACCAAAGCUGCUGAAAUACAAGAUAAUAGUGAAGCUACAAACACCACUCUUGCUCCCAACAGAACUAUGGAGGAGGGAGGGAAUGAAACUAUAUCUGAUCACGAGCAAAGCCAAAAUAUUAUUCCAACAGGUAGGACUCCUGGAAGAGGAGAAGUUGUUACAGGAAUAGACACUCAGUUCAAAACAGUCAGUUCCACCCAAGUGCCGACAUUAUUCAUAAAUGAACAAUAUACUGGUGAAAUUCCAAGAAGGCCAGAAACAGCAUCAACACCUUUACCAAAAGAUAACAGAUUUAUUACCAUUCAUCCAGCAGACAAGAAUAUUUCCAGCAUGACCACCAGACCCACUCGUGGCAAAAUGGAAUGGAUCAUUCCUCUCAUUGUGGUCUCAGCCUUGACAUUUGUGUGCCUCAUCCUUCUUAUUGCUGUGCUAGUUUACUGGAGAAGGUGUAACAAAAUAAAGUCCAAGGGCUCACCCCGAUAUUUCCAUGAAGUGUCUUCUUCUCAAGACAGAGGAAAGAAGGGGAACAGAAAAUGUUUCCAGACAGCUCAUUUCUAUGUGGAAGACAGCAGUUCCCCUCGGGUGGUACCAAACGAAACCGUCCCCAUUAUUCCCAUCCCAGAUGACAUGGAAGCCAUUCCUGUCAAACAGUUUGUUAAGCAUAUCAGUGAAUUGUAUGCCAACAACCAGCAUGGAUUUUCAGAAGAUUUUGAGGAAGUGCAGCGUUGUACAUCCGACAUGAACAUCACCGCUGAACAUUCCAAUCACCCCGACAACAAGCACAAAAACAGAUACAUCAACAUUUUAGCAUAUGAUCACAGUCGAGUGAAACUAAGACCUUUACCAGGAAAAGAUUCAAAGCACAGCGACUACAUUAAUGCCAAUUAUGUUGAUGGUUACAACAAAGCAAAAGCCUACAUCGCCACCCAGGGUCCUUUAAAGUCAACAUUUGAAGAUUUUUGGAGAAUGGUUUGGGAGCAAAACACCGGAAUUAUCAUCAUGAUUACAAAUCUUGUGGAAAAAGGAAGAAGAAAAUGUGACCAAUAUUGGCCAACUGAAAACAGUGAGGAAUAUGGCCAUAUCAUUGUCACACUGAAGAGCACAAAAGUACAUGCUUGCUACACUGUCCGCCGCUUCACAGUCAGGAAUGCAAAAAUGAAAAAAGGGAACCCCAAAGGACGUCAGAAUGAAAGGACAGUCAUUCAGUACCAUUACACACAGUGGCCUGACAUGGGAGUACCUGAAUAUGCACUUCCAGUGCUGACAUUUGUGAGAAGAUCCUCUGCAGCCAGAGCUGCUGAGAUGGGUCCAGUAAUCGUACAUUGUAGUGCUGGUGUUGGCAGGACUGGUACCUACAUUGUAAUAGACAGUAUGCUGCAACAGAUAAAAGACAAAAGCACAGUUAAUGUCCUGGGUUUCCUGAAACACAUCAGGACACAGCGCAACUACCUCGUCCAGACCGAGGAGCAGUAUGUUUUCAUUCAUGAUGCCUUGCUGGAAGCCAUUCUCGGGAAAGAGACCGAAGUUUCUGCCAGUCAGCUACAUAGCUACGUUAACAGCAUUCUCAUACCUGGAAUUGGAGGCAAGACUCGGCUAGAGAAACAGUUCAAGCUGGUUAUGCAGUGCAAUGCAAAAUACAUAGAAUGCUUUAGUGCUCAGAAGGAUUGCAACAAAGAGAAGAACAGAAACUCAUCAGUAGUGCCAUCUGAGCGAGCAAGGGUAGGACUAGCACCAUUACCUGGCAUGAAGGGAACUGAUUACAUUAAUGCCUCUUAUAUCAUGGGCUACUAUCGGAGCAAUGAGUUCAUCAUAACACAGCAUCCCCUGCCACAUACUACUAAAGACUUCUGGAGAAUGAUCUGGGAUCACAAUGCGCAGAUCAUCGUCAUGCUUCCAGAUAACCAGAGUUUAGCAGAAGAUGAGUUUGUGUACUGGCCAAGUCGGGAAGAAUCCAUGAACUGUGAGGCGUUCACUGUCACCCUUAUCAGCAAGGACCGGCUGUGCCUCUCUAAUGAGGAGCAGAUCAGCAUCCACGACUUUAUCCUUGAGGCUACUCAGGAUGAUUACGUUUUGGAAGUUCGCCACUUUCAGUGCCCCAAAUGGCCAAAUCCAGAUGCCCCAAUCAGCAGUACCUUUGAGCUUAUCAAUAUAAUCAAGGAAGAGGCCUUAACAAGAGAUGGCCCAACCAUCAUUCAUGAUGAGUAUGGAGCAGUGGCAGCUGGAACAUUAUGUGCCCUUACCACCCUGUCCCAGCAGCUGGAGAAUGAAAAUGCUGUUGAUGUUUUCCAGGUGGCAAAGAUGAUCAAUCUGAUGAGGCCUGGAGUAUUUACAGACAUUGAGCACUACCAAUUUCUUUACAAAGCAAUGCUAAGCCUGAUCAGCACUAAGGAAAAUGGAAAUGGCCCCAUGGCAAUGGACAAAAAUGGUGUUGUGAUGGCCAAUGAAGAAUCAGAUCCUGCAGAAAAUGUAAUUCUCUACUCUGGCUUGUGUAUCGUUUGAGCUUUCUCUUUUGGUUGCCAUUAUAAACAAUACCAGCUACACCCAUCUGUGUAGGGCAGGCAUACGAACAGGGGGAGAAAGAAAGACAAACCACAGUGAAAGUACUUGGCCUCAGACAUUAUAGUUUUAGCUAUUUGACUGUUUUUAGUAUUUUUGUUAGAUAUUUGAAAUGGAACCCUUUUCUACAGAGGAUAAUUAAUUUCAAGAAAAAAAAUGACUUGAGUUUUAAGAAUAAACACAUCUCCAGAAGAGGAGAUAAUCAAUUUUAUAAAACGUCACAACUCUCCAACAUUUGGGGUAGUGACUUUUUUGUUGUUGUUGUUAAACCUUUGAAACUAGCAAGCAGCCAUUGUUUCUAAAGAACUAAGUGUUCAUCUCUAGCCAUUCUUUUCAUUUCAUUCAUUUUUAAAUAACAGAAACCAUUACAACUGUAAAUAUUUUGUUGCUUGAAUAAGCAUCUUCUGGGAACUUUGUAUCUAUGGUAUAUAAUCAUAGAAUUUUAUAUUUUCAUAUAAAGCUAAUUUUUUUCUAGUUUCAACUUCAUUUUUUUUCCUUUUGUGGUGUAUAUGUGACAACAUAUUUUAUGUGUACUGACGUAGUGAAAUGCCAUCACAUUCCAAAAAUGAUUCAACACAUGUUAUUUCUUUGGAACAGUGAUUGUUGAUGCUGGAUUUUCUUUAAUUUCCAUUGUCAGUGUGUGCAAUAGGAAUUAGACUUAACCAGUCACUGGAUAAGUUUAUCUCUCUGACCCGUUGGGGAAAUGUGGUAUUUGGUUUUAGGGGAGUUCUUAAUUUUGUUUUUGUUUUCUUUUUUGUAACUUGAAGAAUUUCCAUUUUGUUAUGUUUAAAAGUAUAUCAAAUCAUUCUAUUAUAGUGUUAUUUAAUAUGUAAAUUGUAUUGCUAUACAUAAAAUAAAGUAUGGUUUUUGAUGUAUUUAUAA